GUUGCCGGGUAACGGAGCGGAGCGGCUCCCGGCGCGCCUCCUCCCGCCCUCCGCCGAGUGGCGCUGGGGCCGCCGCCGCCGCCGCCGCCGCCGCUUUACGUAAGGCGCAGGCCAGGGCCGCCCUGCGCUCGGCAGCCGCCCGCAGCCCCUCGGAUCCAGAGGAGAGGCGCCCCCGCCGGCCGCCGCGCCGCCCGGCAGCCUCGGCAGGUUCUGCCGGAGACUUCCAUUUGGCCUCAAUGUGAAAUUAAAGUAGCAAAUCACAUCUACAUGUAUGUUGCUAUCAGGAUGUUGAUUCAUUAGUCAUGCCUGAAGAGGGAAAGUCUGUUUUAGGUGGCUGACUACCAGCAAAAAUAAAUGCUUAUCCUACAUGUCAAGCAUCUCUCCUUUUUACUGGAGUGAAAAUCCCCUCCAGAUACCAACAGAAUAUCAACUGCAGAAAAUGCUUCACAUUUUAAGGAUGUCGGCAACCUAAAUUCAUGUACCCUAUCUGUACAGUUGUUGUGGAUGGUUUGCCAUCUGAAAGCUCCUCAAGUUCUUAUCCAGGCCCUGUGUCUGUUUCUGAAAUGUCUCUGCUUCAUGCUUUGGGUCCAGUGCAGACCUGGCUGGGACAAGAGCUCGAGAAAUGUGGCAUUGAUGCCAUGAUUUACACUCGGUAUGUCCUCAGUCUUCUGCUGCAUGACAGCUAUGACUACGACCUGCAGGAACAGGAGAAUGACAUCUUCCUGGGCUGGGAAAAAGGAGCUUAUAAGAAAUGGGGAAAGAGUAAGAAAAAAUGUUCAGAUCUAACUCUAGAAGAAAUGAAAAAACAGGCUGCUGUCCAGUGUCUUCGAUCUGCUUCUGAUGAAAGCUCUGGUAUCGAGACUUUAGUGGAGGAGCUCUGCUCCAGACUGAAAGACCUUCAGAGUAAGCAAGAAGAGAAGAUUCACAAAAAGUUAGAGGGGUCUCCCUCUCCAGAGGCAGAAUUAUCCCCUCCAGCAAAGGAUCAAGUGGAAAUGUAUUAUGAAGCAUUUCCACCGCUUUCUGAGAAACCAGUUUGCCUGCAAGAAAUCAUGACGGUGUGGAACAAGUCUAAAGUCUGUUCUUACUCUAGCUCUUCUUCAUCAUCCACAGCCCCACCAGCUAGCACAGAUACUUCCUCUCCUAAGGACUGCAACAGUGAAAGUGAAGUCACCAAGGAAAGAAGCAGUGAAGUGCCCACCACUGUGCAUGAGAAAACCCAGAGUAAAAGUAAAAACGAGAAGGAAAACAAAUUUAGUAAUGGCACAAUUGAAGAAAAGCCUGCUUUGUACAAAAAGCAAAUCCGACAUAAACCUGAAGGAAAGAUUCGCCCUCGCUCAUGGUCUUCUGGCUCCAGUGAAGCAGGCUCAAGUUCCAGUGGGAAUCAGGGAGAAUUAAAAGCAUCCAUGAAGUAUGUUAAAGUAAGACACAAGGCACGAGAGAUUCGAAACAAAAAAGGGCGGAAUGGGCAAAGCAGGCUUUCUUUGAAGCAUGGUGAAAAGGCUGAAAGAAACAUUCAUACUGGAAGUAGUAGCAGUAGCAGCAGUGGUUCUGUCAAACAGCUGUGCAAGCGGGGUAAGAGACCUUUAAAAGAAACAGGGAGAAAAGAUCCUGGGAGCACUGAAGGAAAAGACCUGUACAUGGAGAACAGAAACGACACAGAGUAUAAAGAGGAGCCCUUGUGGUACACCGAGCCAAUUGCUGAAUAUUUUGUUCCUCUGAGCAGAAAAAGUAAACUAGAGACCACAUACCGAAACAGACAAGACACAAGUGAUCUGACAUCAGAGGCAGUGGAAGAAUUGUCUGAAUCAGUGCAUGGUCUUUGUAUCAGCAACAAUAAUCUUCAUAAAACAUACCUCGCAGCAGGUACUUUCAUUGAUGGUCAUUUUGUAGAAAUGCCUGCAGUUAUAAAUGAGGAUAUUGACCUCACUGGGACCUCAUUAUGUUCUCUACCAGAGGACAAUAAAUACCUGGAUGAUAUUCAUCUGUCAGAAUUAACGCACUUCUAUGAAGUGGAUAUUGAUCAAUCCAUGUUGGAUCCUGGUGCCUCAGAAACAAUGCAAGGAGAAAGUCGGAUUUUGAAUAUGAUUCGACAAAAAAGCAAAGAGAACACAGAUUUUGAGGCAGAAUGUUGCAUAGUGUUAGAUGGUAUGGAGUUGCAAGGGGAACGUGCAAUAUGGACAGAUUCUACCAGCUCCGUGGGUGCUGAGGGCUUAUUCCUGCAGGACCUUGGCAAUCUGGCUCAGUUUUGGGAGUGCUGUUCAUCCAGCUCUGGUGAUGCGGAUGGGGAGAGUUUUGGAGGAGACUCUCCGGUUAGACUCUCUCCCAUCUUAGACAGCACAGUGCUCAAUUCACACCUGCUUGCUGGCAAUCAAGAGCUCUUUUCAGAUAUUAAUGAAGGAUCUGGUAUAAACUCUUGUUUUUCAGUGUUUGAAGUGCAAUGCAGUAAUUCUGUUUUACCAUUUUCUUUUGAAACACUCAACUUGGGAAAUGAAAAUACAGAUUCUAGUGCUAAUAUGCUUGGGAAAACACAGUCUAGAUUGCUAAUAUGGACCAAAAAUAGUGCCUUUGAAGAAAAUGAACACUGUUCUAAUCUUUCAACAAGAACUUGUAGUCCAUGGUCCCAUUCAGAAGAAACACGUUCAGACAAUGAAACAUUAAAUAUUCAGUUUGAAGAAUCCACACAGUUUAAUGCCGAAGAUAUUAAUUAUGUAGUUCCUAGAGUCUCGUCAAAUUAUGUAGAUGAAGAACUUCUAGAUUUUUUGCAAGAUGAAACUUGCCAGCAAAACAGUAGAACUUUAGGUGAGAUUCCUGCAUUAGUUUUCAAAAAAACAUCUAAACUAGAAUCCGUCUGUGGUAUUCAGCUAGAACAAAAAAUAGAAAACAAAAAUUUUGAAACUACACAAGUAUGUAAUGAAAGUCCACAUGGAGAUGGCUACAGCUCAGGGGUUAUUAAAGACAUUUGGACAAAGAUGGCAGACACAAAUUCUAUGGCCACAGUAGAAAUAGAAAGAACUGAUGCUGAGUUGUUUUCGGCAGAUGUAAAUAACUACUGCUGCUGUCUAGAUGCUGAAGCUGAACUGGAGACCCUUCAGGAGCCUGAUAAGGCUGUGCGGAGGUCAGAGUACCAUCUGUGGGAGGGACAGAAAGAGAGCCUGGAGAAAAGAGCAUUUGCUUCUAGUGAGCUAUCCAACGUGGAUGGUGGUGAUUAUACAACACCCUCUAAACCCUGGGAUGUAGCCCAAGAUAAAGAGAACACAUUCAUUCUUGGAGGAGUUUAUGGAGAACUCAAAACCUUUAACAGUGAUGGGGAAUGGGCAGUCGUACCACCCAGCCACACAAAAGGAAGCCUGUUACAGUGUGCAGCUUCUGAUGUAGUGACGAUAGCUGGUACAGAUGUCUUUAUGACCCCGGGAAACAGUUUUGCUCCUGGGCACAGGCAGUUAUGGAAACCCUUCGUGUCAUUUGAACAGAAUGAUCAGCCGAAGAGUGGGGAAAAUGGGUUAAAUAAGGGAUUUUCUUUUAUCUUCCAUGAAGACUUACUAGGAGCUUGUGGCAACUUUCAAGUCGAAGAUCCUGGACUUGAAUACUCGUUUUCUUCCUUUGACUUAAGCAAUCCAUUUUCACAAGUUCUUCAUGUAGAAUGCUCAUUUGAACCUGAAGGGAUUGCAUCUUUCAGCCCCAGUUUUAAACCGAAAUCAAUCCUCUGUUCUGAUUCAGACAGUGAAGUGUUGCACCCCAGGAUAUGUGGUGUUGACAGAACACAAUACAGGGCUAUUCGGAUCUCUCCUAGGACUCACUUUCGCCCAAUUUCUGCAUCCGAACUGUCCCCAGGAGGAGGAAGCGAGUCAGAAUUUGAAUCUGAGAAAGAUGAAGCAAAUAUUCCCAUUCCUUCUCAAGUGGAUAUAUUUGAAGAUCCGCAGGCAGAUCUCAAACCUCUGGAAGAAGAUGCAGAGAAAGAAGGCCAUUACUAUGGAAAAUCAGAGCUUGAGUCUGGAAAAUUCCUUCCCAGGUUAAAAAAAUCUGGGAUGGAAAAGAGUGCUCAGACAUCACUGGAUUCCCAGGAGGAAUCAACUGGGAUUCUGUCAGUAGGAAAGCAAAAUCAGUGUUUGGAAUGUAGCAUGAAUGAAUCCCUGGAAAUAGAUUUAGAAAGUUCAGAAGCAAAUUGUAAAAUAAUGGCACAAUGCGAGGAAGAAAUUAAUAAUUUUUGUGGUUGCAAAGCAGGUUGUCAGUUUCCUGCUUAUGAAGAUAAUCCACUUUCUUCGGGACAGCUGGAAGAGUUCCCUGUAUUGAACACUGAUAUACAAGGAAUGAAUAGAAGUCAAGAAAAACAGACCUGGUGGGAAAAAGCCUUGUACUCUCCUCUUUUUCCUGCAUCAGAGUGUGAAGAAUGUUACACAAAUGCCAAGGGAGAGAGUGGUUUAGAAGAAUGUCCAGAUGCUAAAGAGACACCCAGUAAUGAAGAGCGCCUGUUAGAUUUUAAUAGGGUGUCUUCUGUUUAUGAAGCAAGAUGCAGGAGAGAGAGAAAUUCUGGAGCACAGUCAGAUGGCUUCACAGAAAGAUGUGCUAGCGCCAGCUCCACCUCGGAAGAGACAGGCUUUCGGAAGGCGGAGGCGGAGUGGGUGAGCCUAGAAGAGGAGCUCUUUUCUCAGACUCAUCUCUAA